UCAGGCGUAUCAUACCAUUCCUCCGUGAUUAUACAAAGUAUACAUGUGUUGGUGCAAUUGUUGUGGGUGUAGGAACAGUACGUGUCGCAUUCUGGAGGUUGGGUAUGAAACUUUCCAAGUAAGCGAGUGGCUCAGUUCUAGACAUCACAUCUGGAUCCUUGAAUCUCAGAUACAAGUAGACUGUGAGCUUGAUAACUGCUUGCACAUCGAAGCGGGUUAAGGGGUACUAGUGGGAAAAUCAGUGCCCGUUUCUAAUCAGCGCUUAAAUAAGAUGGCCCCACACGGCCACCAUCACCAUGAGCCAGACGAAGAGGAACAGAGUCAGCGGCUGAACGAACUGCAGCACCGAUCGGAAGGACUGGAAGACGAAGAAGGAUUCUUGAAUGACAAAUACAAUUUAUUGAGGUACCUACGGGGCUAUGAUUGGGAUGUAGACACGGCUUAUCACAAACUCAAAGCUACGCUGGAAUGGAGGCAAGAACACCGGCCAUGGGAAGCCGACUGUAGGUACUGCGAGGAGAGACCGGGGUUCCACUCGUGGAGACAGGUUGGAAUUGACAAAUUGGGUCGACCUGUUGUGUACUCAUCAUUUGUUCAAGCUGCGAAGCACUUCACGGCCGAAGACAAUGUACAACACACGCUAUUCCUGAUGGAAAAUGCCAAGAAAUGCAUGAGACCUGAGGAAUACAGAUGGGUCUGGGUACUAGACUGCUCUGGGUUGACUCUGGCAGCUUGCAAUCCCAUUUUAGCACGUGCUGUGAACCAUGUUGUUGCCGAACAUUAUCCGGAGAGGAUGGGCUUGGUCAUUGGGGUCAACCAUGGCAUCUUCUUUGAGGGCAUCUGGAGGGGAUUCAAGCUCUUCAUCCAUCCCAGGACAGCCAGCAAGCUGCGGCUGUGCCGCGGCCAGCACGUCGACGAGACCUUCCGCGAACUCUUCCCGGACGACCUGCGGGAGUGGCUCCACCAGGAGAUAGAGCUGAACUCCCAGCGCCACGUCUCCCAGGCGCAGAUACAAUUCUGGAGGAAGCCUGAACAGGACGGGGCACAUGACCCCCGGGGGUGCCCCUCCUAUGUCAGUCAGUACAUUGACAGGUACAAUAAAGAUGUUAUCUUGGCCAAAAUCAACGGGAAUCAAACAUGCAAGGAGACAAGGAUUCAUCGACCCCAUCCCAACAUUAUGCAAGCGUUACGAGAACAGGCAACAGAAAAAGCAGCAAGCAGUACCGAAAGUGACUGAUGUAAAACACCCGAUCACCUUUUGGUGAGAGGUGGAAAGAUGGAGUCAGACUGGGUGUAAAGAAACACAUACAUUUCUGCAUAAUCAAGCCAUGAUCAAAGUAUGUUCAUAUCAGCAAACAACCAAAUAAAACCAACAAAAUGAAUGGCAGUUCUGUAUCUAGUGAAUUUAUUUCAAGAGUUUGUACCACCAGUGUCCCUAAUAAAUUUAUUCUCCCUUUUUUAUGUACAGAAUAGAAAGUUUACCCAAGAUUAAUAAAGGAAAUGGGUUCAUUUAUAAACCUAAAAUAAGGAAUACAUUUUCUGUUCUUUAAACUGAAAAUGAUGCAAUGAAACUUUAAAACUUUCAAAAUAAAUGAAGCACAUUAUAUUAACAUGGUAUGCAUAAUUAGCUUGACAAAACCUUUCCUCCCAAAAAUAGAGUGCUAUGGUUUCUUUUAACCUCAAGCGGACAGUUUUUCUUUUCCUUGCAUUCCCUCUCUUUUAAAGCUUUGUCAAGUUCCUGAUAGGAAUGACAAAUUUGUCCAUCAUGUUCUGGGCUAGAAUGGAGUUCCAACACAUGUUCCCAACAGGCCUUUCGCACAUGACCAAUACCCUUUAUCACAAAAAUGCCUUUUCACACUACAAACUCUCAACCUGGGUUGAACUCAGCCCUGGGUGAACCCAUGACCGCCCUGGGUUGAAAAUUUGAGAUUUCAACCCCGCGUUGUUUCACACUCUUUUUGUGCGAAUUGAGCUUAUCAGGAUGAGUUCGACCUGGAAAUGAGCACAAAAAAUUGUCAACCCUGGUUGAAAAAUCUCAGGGUUGGCAAGGGAUUGCCAAUAUUCAAGUGUGAAUUGUUGCCAGUUUUCAACCGUGCAUCAACCUCGAGAUUUAGAAUAAUAUCUGGAGUGCUAUCCAGCCCAAUUAAUGAACAAAAGAAUUUGCACUUUGAUUUCCCCAGACAAAAGAGUUAUCUGAAAUGGCUCAGGUCAAGCUUUCACACAGGUGCACAGGAGACACCAAGUAACAAUACACAAUGUGUAGAAGUAGCACAAAGGAUUUAGACAUCCCUGAACUAGACAGCAGUCUUGUACCACUUGUCCAAAUUCGUGUGGUACAACAAUGGUGUAACUGGUCUGGUGAAUAAAAUUUAGGUAUACAAAUGUCAUGGAAAACCUUUCAAGAUAUUCGUAUUCAAACUGACCAGUUCAUAGCAUUUUUAGACCUGAGGGCAUUCUCCUCUAGACUGGUUCUAGCAUGAUUUUUUUUCCAGAAAUUCCUAAAUGAUAGUCUCUUAAUUUAGCUGGUUCCCAUGUUACAUGAUGACCAAUGAUUACUGCCAUCUUAGAUCACUCAGGGCUUUCUCCCAUUGGCAGCAUGUUCUUGAAGGGCAAAAGUUGAUGUGGUGCUGAAAUCAUACAGUAAUUAAUUAGUACCGUCGGCACUUUUGAGCAGUAUAAAAAUGUUCAAUUGCAAGCCUGUACUCUAUGUUUGUAUGUUUAAGGAAUAACUUGAGUUUUUUACACAAGUUAUUCAGCAGAAUGAGUAGGAAGUACAUGCAUUUCUCCAAGUCCAAUGUAAUGCAUUCUAGUUACAAAUCCAAAUCAAAAAGUUGUUCUAGUUAUUUAGCCAGAGAUAUGAAAUGGGUAGAGUGAGAAGGGUCAUAAUUUAAUCAUAGAUGUAUUGUCCUGAAUUAUCCAACAUGAUUUGAAUUUGAGUGUUUAUUUUAGUUUCCAAGUUUUGGUUUCUUUUGGUAUACCCAUAUAGUUCUUUCAAGAUAUAUCUGGAUGAACUGCAUUUCUCAAAAGUUUAACGGCCGGAAUUGAACUUUGUUUCUAAGCACUCCUCUAUCUUUUUGUUCUUUUUUCUUGAUUGUAAACUGAUACUCAAAUGAAGAAUAUUUUACUCCAAAAUAAUAAAUCCUUUAUUAAUACAACAAUCAGUAAUCUGUUCUCUUUUUAGGUAAUCGGGCAGUGCCAGGUCACCUAUGUACCUGAGACGUCAUUAAUGACGUUAUGCUUUGCAUACCUAUGCAUUUCUUAUGGCAUCCAGGUGCGAUGUGAUUCAUCAAGC